GGGAGGUUUGGACUAGGAAGUAAUUAUCUUCAACUCUGAAGGAACAUCCGAAACAUGUAAAACAUUUUACACAAAACAUUUUACAAAACCAACACAGUAGUUUUGUUUUGCUACCCUUUGGCCUAAUCAUUUCCUCUUAUGAUCGUUUCCACCCAGGCGCCAUUGUGAGGCAGGGUAGCAUUCCAAUGAUAGCCAGUAUCUUCUGUAAAUGAUUAGAUUAAAAGUUAUGGGAGGUUACUUCAUCUAAAAUGUACAGAGCUCAAAAUAAUAAAUUACAAAAUUGUCAAAUAGCAAAUUUACCCUAAGAAAUUAAUUUAUGAAAUUCAAAUAGAUUUUAUGACUUGCUGACGAACCACGACACAGAAAAAGCAGUGACUCACAACUUGUGAUAAGCUGCACUAGAAUACUAGUGCUACUGUUUAAGUCAUUUCUAAAGUCAAAGAAAAGGAAAAUCAAAACUGUUGGAGCCUCAGCUAAAGUUUUCAUUUAAGUUUAUAAUAUUCCAUUGGUUAAAAAGAACAACUGAUCCAUCAAUGACAAUAUGGUACAUGAGAUUGAAGACUUUUAUGGAGUUUAUUUACUAUAUUGCCUAAAUCCAAGAUACAAAGGUAAAACAUAUAUAGGGUAUACAGUAAAUCCUAACAGACGUAUAAAACAACACAAUACUGGAGCUCAUGCUGGUGGGGCAAACAGGACAAGUGGCCGAGGACCUUGGGAUAUGGUUCUAAUCAUACAUGGAUUUCCCAAUGAUGUUAGUGGACUUAGAUUUGAAUGGGCAUGGCAGAAUCCCCAUAAAUCAAGACGUCUGCGUGAUGUUCCCAAAAAAACAUAUAAAGAAACAACCUUUCAAUACAGCUGGCGUGUUGUGUGCAAUAUGUUACAAACACCACCAUGGAGUGGUCUGGCUCUUACAAUACGAUGGCUCAAGCAGGAAUAUCAACUAGAAUUUGCUGUUGGUCUUGAGCCCCCUCUACAUAUGCCAGUAGUUUAUGGUCCUGUGGUCAGCAAAAAAAUUCGAAACCAAAAGAAAUCCAAGAAAGAUGAAAGCUGUCAGCCAUCUCAGGCUUCUAGUUCUGGAAGCAAUAAGUCUGAUCUGCCAGAGAAUAACUUUUGUGCUGUGUGCUGCAUCCGCACAGAGAAGGACGAUAUAACUCUGAGGUGCCUUCAUCCUAGCUGUUCAAUGGUUGCACACAUCAUCUGCUUGGCGAAAAGCUUUCUUGAUGACCAGACCAAACUGCUACCCAUUGAAGGCAAAUGUCCAAAAUGUCGUGCAAACUUGUUAUGGGGUGAAUUGGUACGCCAAAGAAAUGGGUGCUACAAAAAUUUGUCAGAUUCAGCUGUGCAGCAAGAUGAUGAUAAAGCAAAUACAUCAUUGGAAACAGACAAUGCAGACAGUAUGAGUGAAUAAAAGGGACAGAAAUUUGAACGUGUUCUGUAUAGAAUUUUGUGUUGAUAUGACAUGAUUGUUUUUGUAUAUAGAUAAAAAUUCUGAAAAAGAUACUUGCUUAAGUCUAUUCAUCCUGUCCUCUGGAGGUCUUCGAUUUAUCACCUCCCUUUAUUCAGACCUAUCUUCAACCAAAUCAAGACUUAAAUUUGUCCUAGGUCUGUGGUGAGAUUUCUCCAUCUAUACCUGAUUUGACCUUCAUCCUAGAUGACCUAACCAUUACAGUCUUCUGGUUUUAACUUUGUGUUUGUUGAAUUUUAGUAGUUUUUAGUCUAGGUCUUGGUUGAUUCAUGUUCGCCAUAUUUCCUCUAGUACUUUGACUGAUAUUCUGUUUUUUCAGCAUGUUGUGACUAUAAAUUUUUAUUUAUUAAUAUUAGACAUUCAUUAUUUUCUUGUAUCAAGAAUAGCACAUUUCAAAAUUAAAUUAAUUAUUCAUUCAUCAGCUGUUCUAUUGACAUUGCCAUUUCAUUAUUUUCUUGUAUCAAGAAUUGCACAUUUCAAAAUUAAUUUCAAUAUUCUUUCAUCAGCUGUUCUAUUGACAUUAACAUUUAUUUUGUUGGGGUGUAGUCACUUGUAGUCAUGCAUGUUGAUGUGCCUCUUAAAAAUAAAAUUGAGAUGUGUUUAAAAUGCCUUAUCUUUCUAUAUCUUCUGCAUUAGUAAAUUAUUAUAGUGAUUAUUAUUAAUAACUUUAUACCUAGUAGAUGUGACAAAAUAGUAGCUCACAACUGGGUCUUUUAAGCCAAGUGAAAUAUACUGCUCUCUUAAUUGAGACUGACCAACAAUGCUUUACUAUUAUUAGAGCCCAUUGAUUGAGUACACACCCUUCAUAUCAGGCACUAACUAAAUUGUUUUGUUUAAUUGUGUAACUUUCUUGUAAUAAAUGAAGUAAUGAUUCCAUCCUUGGAUGCAUGUUUAGUGCAAAAUAAUUUUCCUUUAGUGUCUAUUUAUGCAUUUUUAUACAACCUUGUAUUGUGGUAAUUUAAAAAAAAUUAACCAGAUUGUGACUGUAGUUAAUAAUUUAUAAUAUUUAUUCUGUCUGUUUAUAAAUUUUUAUAAAACUUUGUAUUUUGCAAAUUUUAAAAGUUUAUCAUUUUGUGACUGCGUGAUCAUUGUAAUUUUACUUGUGUUCAUUCAAACAUACUAUUUUAAUUGUUUUUAGAAGAAGAAAAAAAUGCUUCCAUUUGUUUUGUUUUUAAAUUUUUGUUUUCUGUUGUUUUGUUGUUUACUUCUUAUAUCUGUAAUUAAAAAAAUAAUUUUAAUUUUGACAUUUUAAAAUAUUAGUUAUAUUAUAUAUCAAUUAUGAAAUCAACACUUUUUAACACAAUGACAAUAUUGACAUUACCUUUUAUACAGAUUGUGCAGUUUCAUAUGUUGCAUGGCUGAACCUAUAAUAGAAGUGUACAGUGUACAAAAUUUCACGGAACACUUGAAAAGUUCAUAAUACUUUUAUUCUGAUACAUUUUUCAUCUGAAGUACAAUAAAUGAAAAAAAAAAAGUGACCUUUCAAAAAAUGUUUAAAAGUUCAAAUGAAUAUACAUUGAUGCUAUGAAUUUGUGAUGUGCUCAAAAAAAUGCUAAAAAAAAACUGCUAACUUACAUCACUUCGAAACAUUAGCUGGAUACAAAACAUUGACAGAUAAAAUAUAAUAUACUACAAAAAAAAUGUUACUCUAAUAUUUGGUUAUGUUGACAAGACUGAUACAACUGACUUCUUAUUUUGACGAUCAGCCCAGCAUAAAACAUAAAAAUUGGCAAUACUUUUAAAAGAAAAUUAUAAUGCAUUGAUUAUCUUGGUGUAUGUUGAUUCCUAUGGUACUUAGACGAUAAUUUAGGUUUUCAAAAAAGGAAAAGCCUUUUCUAUUUGACAUGUACAUAUCAGUGAAAUGGGUACAUGGAACAUUUGAAAUGCUGCCAUGACUCAGUAGCUCUAUUUCUUCCCUUUCUAGAUUAAGGGUAAAAUGUAAUGCCUAUUUAGGCUAGUUUCUUGUCACACUAGUAGAGAGGACUUGUACAUUGGACAGAAUUUAUUUAUAUAAACUAUUCAUAUGGGUAAGCAGAAAAUUUUUUAGUAUAAAAAUGUUCAUUAGCAAAA